AUGGGUCGCCAAUCCAGUAUCGAUCUAGAUUCGCCCGAUCGCCCGUUCGAUAACAUCAUCAACUUCCGAGAUGUCGGCCGGACAAUCAAUCAUUUCUGUGGUUCCGAAAUCCUAAAAGAAGGCGUCCUGUACCGUAGUGCGAGGCCCGAUGAUGCAUCAGAACGCGACAAACGGCGUCUCGCCGAUGAGCUCCACAUCGCUACCGUCAUCGACCUACGAUCACAAACAGAACACCAAAUGGCGACGCGAAAACGGCGCACAGAACUGGUCAGCGCUGGCGCAACCUCGCAAGAAGCCGACUUGACCAAAAUCCCCGUACCUAAUGACCCGGACGAGCAUAUUUGCAAGAUCCCUGAAUCGCAACAUAUGUUUAUUAGCCUGACGGGCAAAUCCUUUGAACGAGCACUCCUCAGCAGACUCGACUGGAUGAGCUAUCUUGACUUGCUAACACCAUCACCACCAACAAUCAACAGCCGAGUGAUCACCCUCGCAUUGACCGGCUAUCGCACCGAUGCCGUGCGUAUCAUCGGCGAGACCGUCAUGCAGCCCCGCGGGCUGAUCGGUCUGGCCCAAGACUCUCUCGAGUCCAGCAUGUCCGAACUCCGCACCAUCUUCACCACCCUCGCCACCUCCGCCGCAUACCCUGUCCUCAUCCACUGUACACAAGGCAAAGACCGGACCGGAAUCAUCAUCUUAUUGCUCCUGCUUCUUGUCGGGGUGCGCAUGGACGCAGUCGCCGACGACUACGGCCGGUCGGAACUCGAGCUCGUGCCGGAAUUCGAAGAACGGAUGCGAGAGAUUCGAGUGCUGGGGUUGGGCGAGGAAUACACGAGGUGUCCGCCGAAUUACGUGCCUGAAAUGAUUGCAUUCUUGGAAAAGAAGUACGGGGGCGUGAAAGGGUACUUGGAGAAGAUUGGGAUUGAUAGCGUGACGCAAGAAUUGAUACGACAGAAAUUGAUGAAUCAGGUUUGA